UGCCAGAAUCCGUUUCACCUGCAGCUGGACUGGGCCAGCCCCCUGGAGACACUGCUUGACGUGCUGGUGUCUGUGCUGCGGGCGCACACCUGGGAGGACGUUGGCCUGGUGCUCUGCCGCAUGCGGAACCCCAGCAGCCUGGUGGCCCUCUGGACAAGCCGGGCAGGCCGGGACCCGACGUUGGUGCUGGACCUAAGCCGGCCGGACACGGGCGAUAGUGAAGGGCUGCAGGCACGCCUGGCCCCACUGGGUGUGUCGGCGCGGGGCACAGCCCCGGUACCCAUCGCAGUACUCCUGGGCUGUGACGCCACCCGGGCCCGUCAGGUGCUGCAGGUCGCGCCUCCCGGGCCCCGCUGGCUGCUGGGCACGCCACUGCCCGCCAAGGCCCUGCCCACCGAGGGCCUGCCGCCUGGGCUGCUGGCACUGGGCGAGGUGGCUCGGCCCCCACUGGAGGCUGCCAUCCACGACGCGGUGGAACUAGUGGCCCGAGCGCUGGGCAAUGCAGCCCGUGUGCAGCCGGAGCGUGCCCUCCUCCCCACCAUGGUCAACUGCAAUGACCUGCAGCCGGCCGAGCCUGAGUCCUCAGGUCGCUUCUUGGCACGGUUCCUAGCCAACACGUCCUUCCGGGGCCACACGGGGCCGGUGUGGGUGACCAGCUUCUCACAGGUGCACAUCUCCCGGCACUUCCGUGUGUGGAGCCUUCGCCAGGAUCCCAACGACUCGGCCGCCCUGGAUGCGCUGUUCGCCGCGCUGGCCAAUGGCUCGGUGCCCCGCGCCCUGCGCAGGUGCUGCUAUGGCUACUGCAUUGACCUGCUGGAGCGCCUGGCGGAGGACACGCCCUUCGACUUCCAGCUGUACAUCGUGGGCGAUGGCAAGUACGGGGCGCUGCGGGACGGCCGCUGGACCGGCCUGGUGGGCGACCUGCUGGCUGGCCGGGCCCACAUGGCGGUCACCAGCUUCAGCAUCAACUCGGCGCGCUCGCAGGUGGUGGACUUCAGCAGCCCCUUCUUCUCCACCAGCCUGGGCAUCAUGGUGCGCGCGCGGGACACGGCCGCGCCCAUUGGCGCCUUCAUGUGGCCGCUGCACUGGUCCAUGUGGCUGGGCGUCUUCGCUGCCCUGCACCUCACCGCGCUCUUCCUCACUCUCUAUGAGUGGCGCAGCCCCUACGGCCUCACACCCCGAGGCCGGAACCGGGGCACCGUGUUCUCCUACUCCUCCGCCCUCAGCCUCUGCUACGCCAUCCUUUUUGGACGCACGGCAUUCAGCAAGACUCCCAAGUGCCCCACGGGCCGCCUCCUCAUGAACCUGUGGGCCAUCUUCUGUCUGCUUGUGCUGUCCAGCUACACCGCCAACCUGGCUGCCGUCAUAGUCGGGGACAAGACGUUCGAGGAGCUGUCCGGCAUCCACGACCCCAAGCUGCACCACCUGGCCCAGGGCUUCCGCUUCGGCACCGUGUGGGAGAGCAGCGCCGAGGCCUACAUCAAGAAGAGCUUCCCGGAGAUGCACGCGCACAUGCGGCGCCACAGCGCGCCCACCACGCCGCAGGGCGUCGCCAUGCUCAAGAGCGACCCCCCCAGGCUCAACGCCUUCAUCAUGGACAAGGCGCUCCUGGAUUACGAGGUGUCCAUCGACGCCGACUGUAGGCUGCUGACCGUGGGCAAGCCUUUCGCCAUCGAGGGCUAUGGCAUUGGACUCCCCCAGAAUUCGCCACUCACCUCCAACCUGUCAGAGUUCAUCAGCCGCUACAAGUCCUCGGGCUUCAUUGACCUGCUGCAUGACAAGUGGUACAAGAUGGUGCCUUGUGGGAAGCGGAUCCUCGCUGUUACAGAGACCCUCCAGAUGGGCAUCCACCACUUCUCAGGGCUCUUUGUGCUGCUUUGCCUGGGCCUGGGCAGUGCUCUGCUCAGCUCGCUAGGCGAGCACGUCUGCUACCACCUGGCGCUGCCCCGCAUCCGCAGGGGCAACAGGCUGCAGUAUUGGCUGCACACCAGCCAGAGAAUCCAUCGCGCCCUCAACGCUGAGCCACCCAAGGAACAGGAGCCAGAGCCCGAGCCAAGGGACCCUGAGGAGACUCGGCGGGACAUGCUGGCUGCCCCCGCGGGCCCGGGAAGCUGGACGCGGGUGCACCAGGUUGUGGCAAGGGAGCGUCACGUGCGCUUCCUGCUGGAGCCAGCCGUGGCUGCCGACCCACCAGACGUGGACGUGGGUGAGGCCAGGCUGCCGGGGGACCCCAUCCGGUUCUGCCCCAAUGGCCGCGUGCCCACGGAGCUGCCCUCGGAAGGCCCGCAUCCUGGGGAGCUGGAGGAGCUGGAGCGACACAUCGAGGGCGCACGCGAGCGGCUCCGCCAAGCACUGGUGCGGCACGGAGAGCUCCUUGCCCAGCUUGGGGACGGCGCCGGCGAGCAGCCCUGCCACCCGCUCCAGGCCUGUGUAGAAUCAACUGGGGCUGCCCAGUGA